GCAGGCUAGCUACAGUAACUACGUGCUAGCGUUAGCUUAGCUAGCUAGCAAUGGAUUUGAUGUAGCUACAGUAGUUAGUUAGCACAAUAACUAUUUGUCAUGAUUGCAGGUUACACUUUACAUGUAUGAUACAUACAGUUCCCCUCAGCUUCUUGUAUGCCUAAACCCUAAACUAGGGAGGUUUUGAGCACUCUGCCUCUUCUGUGACCACCUCGUGUAUCCCGAUGCCUACCCUUUGAGAGCUUCCCAGCACCCACUUCCUGAGGCCACCCGAUUUGCCCUGUUGUCAAACAGAGGGGAAGGGAGAAGCAGCAUCCGACAUGGCGGCCAAAGCAGGGGACAACCCCGACAGCCUCAUGGCGCUGUCCACGGCCUUUUGCCUGAGGAACCUGAGGAGGACCAUGUGCUACCUGGGAGACGGGAACAAGCUCUGCCUGCGCUCAGAUGUCUUCCUGCCCAGCGAGAUCUGUGACAAGCUGGUCAACACAUACAUGGAGCUGGUACAUUCGGACAGUAACUUUGAGCCGCAGGACGGCUUUUUCCAGCUGUUCUCGGACCCGCGCAGCACCAGGCUCACCAGGGUGCAGCUGAGGGAGGACCUUGUGCGGGACAGGGACCUGGAGGCCAUUGGGAAACAGGACUUGAUAGAGCUUCACCUCACCUACUGCAACAGCCUAUCAGCACGCAGCCUAAAGACUCUGGCUAGCUUCCGCCAGACCCUAGUCUCCCUCAGCCUGUUCGGCUGCAGCCACAUCUUCUACCGCAAGGGUGGCGCCCCGCUGGCGUGCAACGAGGAUGACGAGGAAGAGGAGGAGCAGCAGCGGCCUGCCUCCAGACAGGCGCUGGACACAGACUUCAGCUUCCAGGGCUUCAACCGGCUGCGGCUGCUCAAUCUGGGGGGUCUGCCUGAGGAGGUGGACCCCGAGGCCCUGCUCAAGCCCCUGCCGGCCCUCACCUCUCUGGACCUGUCCGGGGUGCAGCUGCCCAGGGCUGCCUUCCUGACCCAGUGGAAGGAGAGGCUGGCCUCGCUGGUGCUCUACAAUGUGGACCUGUCAGAGGAGCUGGUCAACACAGUGGUGGAGCUGGGACACCUCAGGCACCUGGAUAUCUCCCGAGAGCGCACCUCCAAGUUCAAAAUGACCCGUAAGAUCCUGACGGCCAUUGUGCAGGGCCUGGUCAACCUGGUGUCGUUGGACAUCUCAGGCCACAUCAUGCUGGACAACUGCACAGUCCCACACCUCGAGGAGGCCAUGGGACGUCCAAGCAUUGAGCCCUGCAAGAGCAGCAUCUACCCUUUCCAGGAGCUGAAGAGACCUCUGCAGUUUCUGGGGCUCUAUAACACCACUCUUUGUAAUGUGACGCACAUCCCUGCGUACAAGGUCACAGGCUCCAAGAAUGAAGACCAGGUCCUGAAUGCCAUCGAGGCCUACACAGAGUUCCGCCCGGAGUUGGCCCACCGUGCAAUCAACCAGCUGUUUGACAUCGCCAGGAUACAGCACUGCAGCCAGCUACUGCGGGCACUGCAGCUGGUGAUUGCUGCACUGAAGUGUCAUAAGUACGAGAAGAGCGUCCAGGUGACGGGCAGCGCGGCCCUCUUCUACCUGACCAACACUGAGUACCGCAGCGACCAGAGCAUGAGGCUACGCCGGCAGGUCAUCCAGGUGGUGCUCAACGGCAUGGAGCAGUACCAGGAGGUCACGGUUCAGAGGAACUGCUGCCUGACACUGUGUAACUUCAGCAUCCCCGAGGAGCUGGAGUUCCAGUACGGCCGGGUCAACCUGCUGCUGCUGAAGAUCCUGGAGCCGGCCCGGCAGGACGAGUCCAUCCAGCGCAUCGCCGUGCACCUCUGCAAUGCCCUGGUCUGCCAAGUGGACAACCAUCACAAGGAAGCUGUGGGCAAGAUGGGCUUCGUCAAGACAAUGUUGAAUCUAAUACAGAAAAAGCUACAGGACAGGAUGUGUGACCAGGUUAUGGAGUUCUCCUGGAGCGCACUGUGGAACAUCACUGACGAGACUCCAGACAACUGUCAGAUGUUCCUCAACUGUAGGGGCAUGAGCCUCUUCCUGGACUGCCUGAAGGAGUUUCCAGACAAGCAGGAGCUCCACCGUAACAUGCUGGGGCUGCUGGGUAAUGUGGCAGAAGUGAGGGCUCUGCGGCCACAACUCCUCACCCCACAGUUCAUCUCUGUCUUCAGUGACCUGCUGGACAGCAAGGCGGAUGGGAUCGAGGUGUCCUAUAACGCGUGUGGGGUGCUGUCCCACAUCGUGUUUGAUGGGCCAGAGGCAUGGGGAAUGGAGGAGCCGCUGAGGGACACGGUCAUGGACAAGAUGAUGGCUGCUAUCCAGAGCUGGGAUGUCACCUCCCGCCGGAAUAUCAACUACAGAUCCUUUGAGCCUAUCCUGCGCCUGCUGCCCCAGAGCAUCGCCCCAGUCAGUCAGCAUUGGGCCACGUGGGCACUCUUCAACCUGGUGUCAGUCUACCCGAGUAAGUACUGCCCUCUGCUGGUCAAGGAAGGAGGGAUCGUGCUCUUGGAGAAGGUGCUGGAGCUCCAGACAUCACACGAAGAGACCAAGGACAUGGCGCGGAAAGUGAUGGAGCAGUGUGAGAAUUUCAAAGAAGACCCAAUGGAAACGGCGAGGUAGACAACGAUCAGCCGAGGUCGACGUCAGGGGAGCAACACCGCUAUACAAACAAAAAGGCAACUUCAUAGGAACCAUUGUUUACUAUCUUCUCACCACAAGGGUCAAUUGUGUGCAUCGAUUUACUGUAGAGCAGAGCAACAAUUUUUUGCCUCUCGGCCAGCCUUUCUGGACAGAACCUUGUUAUGCGACACUAUUAGGAAGUUGAGAUAUGGUGCACGGAGUUGGUGUGUGUUUUAUUUGUGUUGCACAUGAUAAGCAUCAUUUGUAUAAUGGAUGUGUGUUCUCUUAUUGGUUUGUUUUGCUUUUUGGUGUGCGUGCUUGUCCUUGUCUGAGUGUGAGCAUGCUAGAGUGCGUGAGUGUAUAUGAAAGGACGUUUGUGCGUGAAUGUGUUUAUAAUAAGGUUCAAAACACUGGGGAGAUGUUUGCCUCUUUGUAAACAAAACCUAGGUUAUUAUUGUCUUUCUCUCCCCUUAGUCUGUUCUAUUGGGUCUAGUGAGAGGCCUUCCAUUAUAUAAGCUGAGUUUCUAACACAGCGUCAUCAGAGAACUCCAUUAUGCCCAUCAUGAUCCUUCUCAGAUUCCUUGGUCCUCUCAGCGAUUUCUGACACAGAAAUUCAAAAUGGAUGAUGCCAUGAGAUGUGGAAGGUGGUUAGUUUUAUCCCAUGCAGCACUGAUCUGUGGACAGUUGUUAUUGCGCAGUGAAGUUGCUAUGUCUGUGGAGGCCUCUACAUCUCAUACUGAUUGAGAGCGUAACCGUGGACUGUAACCAUGACGAUGACCCCGGCAGAAGUCUUCCUAGAUCCUGUGGCAUGGUGAAGGACUUUAUUUAGUUUUUCGUUGUAGAUAUUUGGAGUUGUCUGUCCCAUCUUUGUUUCGGUCUGUCUGUUUUUAUGCUAUAUGAUUAUAAACACUCCUAUGAUUUAAUCUGUACAUCUAGGCUUGGUUCCCAAUUCUUUACAUACAGGUAACUGCCAAAAUAAAGAAAGCACUUGAGUAAA